ACAGUGACUCACGCCACAACAAACACCUCAAGCCACACCCUCCGUCAGGGCCACGCGUGAUGUUACACUCGCUGGCCUGCAUGUGUUAAUGGUGUGUUUAUAUCCAGGACGAUAAACAAAGACCACCUCUGUCAAUUACUGUGGCAUCGAUAAUUAACAAAACGGAGCCUCAGCCCAGCGUCCACCGCCAAUAGUUGUCAGCUCUUGGUCAGUCUGCUGCUGACGGUGGUGUCUGACGGAGUGUUACAGUGAAGAGAUCAGGAUCACUCAACACCUGCAUGAUGAAGGUAGCGAUGAUGUUGACGCCGCCCUCCCUGCUGCUCGUGCUGACGUUGGCAGAUGUGCCAGCCGAAAGCUGGUCUCCUGGCUAUGUGACGCCCGGGUGUCCCAGAUCGUGUGCCCAAUACUAUCACCCUGUGUGUGGCACUGACGGAAGGACCUACUCCAACAGAGGCUGUCUGGAAGCCGCUACCUGCUACUCUCCCUACCUCACCAUGGCUUACCCCGGCCCUUGUAGAUCACUCAACACCUGCAUGAUGAAGGUAGCGAUGAUGUUGACGCCGCCCUCCCUGCUGCUCGUGCUGACGUUGGCAGAUGUGCCAGCCGAAAGCUGGUCUCCUGGCUAUGUGACGCCCGGGUGUCCCAGAUCGUGUGCCCAAUACUAUCACCCUGUGUGUGGCACUGACGGAAGGACCUACUCCAACAGAGGCUGUCUGGAAGCCGCUACCUGCGACUAUCCCUACCUCACCAUGGCUUACCACGGCCGCUGUAUUAAAUCACAUCCCUGCUACAAGUCGUGCACCAAACAGUACGACCCCGUGUGUGGUACUGAUGGUACGACCUACUCCAACCCCUGUAUACUGUCUCGCACCACCUGCCGCCACCCAUACAUUAGGCUUCAGCACAUCGGACCUUGUAGUACAGCCGGCCAUUGUGACGAUGUGCAGUGUUCCUUGAAGUAUGACCCAGUAUGUGGUAGUGACGAGGUAACAUACUCGAACCACUGUCACUUAUCCGUUGCCAAGUGUGUUGACUCAAGUCUUACCCUCAAGCACCUCGGUCCUUGUGAGUAUAAAGGAAAAUGCCCCGAGAUUUGCCCCACAACAAAGACUCCGGUCUGUGGCAGCGACGGGAAGACCUACGAUAACUUCUGCUACCUGAGGCGAGUCUCUUGUAUGAACGCUUCGGUCUUCCUGAUCCACCGCGGCAAGUGUGAGGACGGUUAA